UGGUGCACAUGUGAUGGAAAGUGCUCGUGUAUUUUGCGUGAAUGAACCAACCAUCUGCACAAUUGCAAACAGUGACAAAAAAUAAGGGCUUGUGCCUUAUAUAAUACAUAUUGCCACUUGUUCAAAAGACUACCAAAGAGGUCACUACAGCUAAAUAAGAUGGAAAAGUUACUAAACUUGUGGAAUGAGUAAAGAAGGAAAAAAGGGCCCCAUGUAGUGCACAGAUAAUAAAGCACACAGACAUAUCAUACUUUCAAACUGUGUUUAAGAAGGAGGGAAAGUCAUCAUGGCAUAUAUUUAGUGCUGAGGGUUUGAACUUUAUAAAAGUGCAUUUGUCUCCACAACAAAGAUUUUCUGGUGGGGUCUAUAAAGUACAGAGAUACAUUAUGGAGCACUUGAGCACUGCAAGUGAGCUGUCAACUCCUGACAAUUCUACUUCCACAUCAAUGCAAUUAUUAUAAUCAUAACCAAACACUAAACCCAUGAGGGUCAUACAGUGCUGCAACAUAUCAGUACAAGAACCACAGCCACAGCCACCCACUUCAGCCCAUUUGGCCUACAUCAACUUUUCCACCCUUCCAUUUCAAGAAGUACUGCGAGAAUGCAAGGUUGGAGCACUACCAACAACUACUCAGGAUAAGCUAGAAACCAUAACCGGUGCCACAUUCACUGAUUUACGGCUUGCUCUCUUUAUGGUCAGUUGGAGGGAUGCUCAUACACUCUCUCGGGCAAACAGUGUUCUCUUGUGGAAUAGAAAUAAUGCAUUUUGUGGAAAGUGUGGGUCCCCAACUGAAAGAAAUGCUGCAGGUCACUUACGCAGAUGCAGUAGCUGCAACAUGACUCACUACCCAAGUGCCAUCCCAGUAGGCAUUGUCCUCGUUACAGAUCCAAGUCACCAAAAUAUUGUUCUUGUAAGGCAGCCUCGUCAACCUCCGGGCAUGUAUUCCUGUAUUGCAGGCUUCUCAGAUGUUGGUGAGAGUUUGGAAGAUACAGUGCACAGAGAAGUGGCAGAAGAAGUAGGAAUAGAAGUAUCAUCUGUAAGAUAUGUUGCAUCCCAGCACUGGCCCUUUCCAGGAUCUCUGAUGGCAGGAUGCUUUGCAGUUGCAGAAAAACAAGAGCUGGCCAUAGACGAGAAUGAACUGCAAGAUGCCCGUUGGUUUUCUCGAGAUGAAAUCAGCACAGCUGUAGACAGAAUCAAUGCAAACCCUUAUUUAAGGCUUCGUGGAAAUCCCUCUGGGGUAUUAUUUAUUCCUCCACCAGGAGCUAUAGCAUAUCAUCUUAUAUCUCACUGGGUUAAAGGCACUCCUGUGCAAGAGAUACAUCAGCAUAUUUAUUAAAUAUUCCUUUACAAACAGAUACAUUAAGAAUUUACCUACAUCUGACUGAUUACAUAUGUUAAUAUACUAUUGUGCUUAAUAUUUAAAUUAAAAUUACAAAUUCGAAAUUAGAUAAAUUGCUAUUUUAAUACUGUAAUAGUACUGGGUAUUAUGUAACCUUUCAAGGCAGGUGAAAUUGCUGACCUAGAAAAUGUACAGAGAACCUUCACGGCGCGCAUAACGGAGAUAAAACACCUCAAUUACUGGGAGCGCUUGAGGUUCCUGAACCUGUAUUCCCUGGAAUGCAGGCGGGAGAGAUACAUGAUUAUAUACACCUGGAAAAUCCUAGAGGGACUAGUACCGAACUUGCACACGAAAAUCACUCACUACGAAAGCAAAAGACUUGGCAGACGAUGCAACAUCCCCCCAAUGAAAAGCAGGGGUGUCACUAGCACGUUAAGAGACCAUACAAUAAGUGUCAGGGGCCCGAGACUGUUCAGCUGCCUCCCAGCAUACAUAAGGGGGAUUACCAACAGACCCCUGGCAGUCUUCAAGCUGGCACUGGACAAGCACCUAAAGUCGGUUCCUGAUCAGCCGGGCUGUGGCUCGUACGUUGGUUUGCGUGCAGCCAGCAGUAACAACCUGGUUGAUCAGGCUCUGAUCCACCAGGAGGCCUGGUCACAGACCGGGCCGCGGGGGCGUUGACCCCCGGAACUCUCUCCAGGUAAACAGCUAAAAAAUGUAAUUUACAUUAAAAAAUUCUAUUAUGAUGAAAUACUGUAUGCUAGGGCAGCACUUCAUAUUAAAAUUUUAUACUGUUUUAUAAGCUGCAGGACCCUUGUUGGUUUAGUGCUUUAUUUGAUUAAUAUACUGUUUUAUGAUUAAUUAAACAACUUUUAUAUAAUAGAUCUGCAACUACAAAUUAUUAUACUGAAAAAAGAAGUGCUAGACCCAGUAAGAUCAUACAGUGCUGCGUGUAAUUGCAAAUUUCCAAAAAUACUAUACUCUAAAGGCCUGCAUCAUUACAGAUGCUUGUGUCCACGUAUCGAAGGUUGACUAAUUGUAACUGAUUCUCUAUCAUUUAUAAAUGCUCUAAACUCUUAAGUAUAAAUUGUGGCAAGCUUGUGGACAGUGGAGUCAUGAGUGCACCGCCUGUGGAUUCCAUCUCGCAAUUAUUGUUAUAAUCAAUGGUCUUCAGAUGCAUGAUAAACUGAUUACAAUCUUGGCUUGGCAGUUUGAAAACAAUAAUACUGAAAGAACUUCAACUGAACUUUGACUUAAGACUCAGGAAGGCUGACACCAGUCAGUUCAUCUAUCAAGCAGGAGAAGCCACAUGUCUAUGGUGCAUCCAACAAAAUAAACACUCUUGCCCAGCUCUGGCUGGGUUACAAGUAUCUUUUGGAGGUUAAAUCACCACCAGAUAUAGACCAAAUGAAAUGUAAACUUUGCCAGAUGGACUAUUGUCACACCUUGUGUCAUUAUGUACUGGAAUGCAAUAAAAUUAAUGAAUUCAGAGCAACUAACUCAGAAGUGUUUAAGAUAUGUCAGUAUUUUGUCCACAGUGGUACGUAUAUUACAAACCAUUCUGACUGUGCUCACUGUAAAUAAAGCUAAUAUUUGCAUUAAUAACUAACUGCAAUUGUAAUCAGGUAUAGAUGUGUGAAUGGUUCAUUACUUUUGUAACUUGAGUUAUCAAAGCUUUGCAGUGCAAUCCCUGGACUCAUUCUAUACCUUUGUAAUCUUUUUGCCUACUGCCCACAGGAUGGGUAUGGAGUGCAUAAUAAAGAUAUUAAACUUU